AGUAGUACGUCUGCACUGCUGAAAGAUUAUGAAUAUCUGCGUCGCACUUGUCAUCACACUCUUUAUCAAGUCAUCUCAUCACAGCCUUACUAUUGCACGCGACGUCACCGAGCAAGGAAUCAUCUACAUCUUCGUCGACGAUACGUACUCUGAACGAGCUACUCAAACGGUUUCGAUCAGAGCAAUUGAAACUCAGCUAAGUAGAAACACUGCAAAGAAACCGGAAUUUAGAAUAUCUAAUGUUGACAAAGAAGAUUUGAGUUGUAAUCUCAUUAGUAAAUUACUCAUUAUUCAUUUAUCUGAAAAGUGUCUACCCCAACACAUUGCUCGAAACACACCAGUGUUGUCGGUUCCUGUCAACAUCGAUAAUCAACCCAAUUCAUUAGUUAUCUACUCAGUUUUCUCGCGCAACUCCAUGACAGAGCUUCCAGUUGCAGUUGCUGUAGCGAGCAAGAUGAACUGGACGUCAGCUCUGUUUGUUGGUGACAAGCAAGAUGAUGCGUUCUUGGAACGUCUCUUACAACGUAAAAGAACGUUCGAUAUGCGGAACGUUAUCUCGGUAGAAGCUGCAACAAAUACAACAAAUUUAUACUUGAAGAUCGUUGGGAGAGACUCGGAUUUUGUGUUACUUCACUGCCACAGUUGCGUAUGCUCUGAAGUCGUGAGCAAGUUGCUCUGCCUGAAAUCUAAAAGUAUCGGGAAAGACUCUGGGACGCCUUGGUUUAUCACUGAGACCUUAACACAAAGAAUUCAAAAUGGAGUUGGCUGUGAACUGCCGGCAUCGCAGAGGACGACAUAUGGUCUGCAAGUUGCUGUACAACACAGUUCCUCUUCGAACGUUCUUCUUCAAGAGGUUCCAUUUCUACACCGUUCUAUGCCGUACUGUAAGGGUAUGGAACACUGUCCCUCUACAACUCAUCAACAGCUUGAAGUACUCGACUUUUAUGACUCACUAAUUGUCGCAAGACAUCUAGUAAUAUCUCAGUUUAACAACAAAUUGCUGGAUCGAGAAUUCUUUGUCGAUGCUGUUAACAAGGCACAGCUUGAAGGCAUUCGCGGAACAAUUCGUUUUGAUUAUUCGUCGACAGUCAUCUAUCCAGCUAUUUACAAAGUUUUAGACAUAAGUCAAUUUCUUGUUGCCACGAUUGGAAUGUACGACAGCAGCAGAUCUGAAUGGCUACAAGAGCUGACGCUUUUUGACGCCGAAAGAAGUACAUUCAAAGAAAAACGCCACCGACGAGAACUCCUUAGAUGCGCACCUGCUGGGCGUUCAUUUCGAGUAGUAACAAUUAAGGAACCUCCUUUUGUCAUAUGGGAUCCCAACAAAGAAUACCCUGACCCUCAUCAUGGCAACUACACGGGCAUCAUUAUUGACAUACUGGAGUGGCUUGUUGACGACUUGGGUAUUGAGUACACGAUCUACGAACCGCCUGAUGGCAAGUACGGUACUGUAGACAAUGAAACUGACGUCGGCAACGGAAUGGUGGGCGAACUAAUGGAAUGCAAAGCUGAUUUGGCAGCGGCAGCAUUUGCAAUAACAGUGCUGCGAUCUCAAUACAUACAUUUUACUAGGCCCUACAUUGACGUAGGAUAUAGCCUUUUGAGGCACAAGGACGAAGAAUUGAGCACAGUCGUUUGGGCGUUUCUCAAGCCGUUCGACCUUUCUACAAAUGUCGUAAUUGUUUGUAGUUUUAUUUUCAUCUGGUUAUCCUUUUUGUUUGUCCAAAGAAUCAGCCCGUAUGCCAAAUCUAAUAAUUCUGAAGUCGACGAAGAUGGUAAAGGAUGGGGUUUGCGUGCAGCCGAAGAUUCAAUGUGGCUUCUUUAUGCGUCCGCAAUGCAGCAAGGUCCGGAGAAUGUAUAUUCAAUAUCAGGAAAAAUCUUGGUGGGUGGAUGGUUCUUCUUCUGUCUUGUAAUAAUAUCAACUUACACUGCCAAUUUGGCCGCGUUUCUCACCGUGAAGAGUUUCGAGGACGGUAUCACCUCACUGGACGACUUAGCGGCGCAAACGGAAAUUGUUUACGGAACGGUUAGAGAUACAUCAAUAACAGAGUUCUUUGCGAACUCUCCAAUUCUCAUCCACAAGCGCAUCAAUACUUUCAUAACAAAUACGGAAGAGGCAUUGGUAGAGACUAGAGACGAAGCGAUUCGCCGCGUAAGGGAGAAGACCGACGGUGAGUACGUUUUCAUUUGGGAUCAACCGAUUUUGGACUACAUCGCAACUCGCAGGCCGUGCAACACUGAAGUGGUUGGUAGACCUUUCAACCCUCACGGUUACGGUCUGGCUAUGCCCCAGGGCAUGCCGUACGAGUCUCAAUUUUCCAAUUCUAUUCUGAAGAUGAGAGAGUCGGGAGCGAUGCAUUCGUUUAUGGAGAAGUGGCUUCACGGGGCCGACUGCAAGUCUGCAAUCAGUGUGAAGAAUUGGACGGACGUCGACAACGUUCACUUGACCGACUUGAUAGGAGUAUUUAUUGUCCUAUGCACGACGACGUUGGCGUCAUAUGGUAUUGCGGUCUUUGAAAGAUUGUGGUGGCGAAGACAAUCCAAAAAUCAAAAUGGUGGAAUCGCAAAUAUGGCUAACGACGUCGCUGCUGCACAUUCUGUUAGAAAUUACGAUGGCGAGUCUUACGUUUAACUAACGAGGAAAAGGCUGACGGCGAAGUUGACGAUAAUGAACAUGUUGAUGAGAGCGCUGAUAUUUACUUUGGCAACGUGCCUGUACUAUAUGCUAGUAUUUACCGUAAGGCUAUUAAUUAAUAACGGUGAGAUUUAUUAAUCAAACA